GGGCCAUGUUAUGUUGGGCCAAACCCUAUUAUCUCUCUUGAGCUGAAGUAGGGUUUAGUUUCAUCAGAGGAGAGAGCAAGAGGGAAGAAGAAGCAAUCAUGGAAAAGCUCGAGCAAGUUCAAUGCUUCGGCCGCAAGAAGAAUGCUGUCGCCGUCACCUACUGCAAGCGCGGCCGUGGCUUAAUCAAGAUCAACGGCGCCCCCAUCGAAUUGGUCGAGCCGGAGAUCCUCAGGUUCAAGGCCUUUGAACCAAUCCUGUUGUUGGGAAAGAGCCGUUUCGCUGGAGUGGAUAUGCGAAUCCGUGUCAAAGGCGGUGGUAAAACCUCUCAGAUUUACGCCAUCAGGCAGAGCAUUGCCAAGGCGCUGGUUGCUUUCUACCAGAAGUAUGUUGAUGAACAGAGCAAGAAGGAGAUCAAGGAUAUUCUUGUUCGUUAUGAUAGGACUUUGCUUGUUGCUGAUCCUAGGCGUUGUGAGCCAAAGAAGUUUGGUGGGCGAGGUGCUCGUGCAAGGUUCCAGAAAUCUUACCGCUAGAGGUGUUUUUGGUUUUUCUUAUAUUUCAGUUUUCGGGUUUUAGUUGGAGUUUUUAUUUAGGGUUUAUUAUGCUAUAACUAUUACUUGUUUUUUGGUAAUCGAUCUCUGAUUAUGCUUCAUGUUUUAUGAUACACCUUUUUCUGGUGAUUUUGUGUAUUAUAUAUUGCAUGAUCAAACUCUUAGUUAAUGCUUCUUGUGACCUUUACCUUUA